AUGCAGGGUGGUCCUCAUGCGCAGCCUGAUGAACCCUUGUCGCUGAGCCCCACCGCAGACGAUAUAAUUAACAUGUAUUGCCAGCAGAUGAACCUCAUGAAAGAGGAAUACGGUAAAAGACUGUCAGAGCUCUAUGCGACUGUUAGCAGCUCAUUGGAAUAUGUACAGACUCUUCAAGACAUUGUUCCGUAUAACAAUACACAACUAUCUAGUUCACGUGCGCCUUCUGGGCCUUCAACCGAGAAGUCUGAUGGAGGCGUCACUCCCCAGGGUCACAUAGGUUCCAGUAUUAGUCAACAUCUACUCAAUGUCUUUAGGGAGUCACUCGAAUCCGAAAAAGAGCUAAAGAUUCAGGUGCUGAUGGACGACCUGGCGCGCACAAAGGGCAUUGUUAAUGUUAUGGAAAGUAAGCUCUGUGAAAGCAUGGGUACUUCCCAGAAGCUAACCAGAGAGCUGGAUGAGCACAAGAAGCAGCUGCAGAAUACCUCAACCUACACACAUAGUAUCAAAAAGCGUGCCGCAAGCCUGGAGGCGGAGCUCAAUUCACUACAACCACAGAUCAACUCACUCACUCACCUCCAGGAUAAGCUUAUAGGUUUAGAAAAGCGCUCCAAGGCAAAGCAGGACGAUUACAAGCGGCAACUUUCAACCCUUAAAGCCGACGUAAGCAAAUUGGAAUCGGAGAAUGCCCUUUUAAAGCACGAUCAGGUCAAUGUUUUUCAAUUAAGGAACGAGUUAAAUGAUCUCCGGCUUAAGUACAAUGUCCUGUAUAAAGAGUAUCAGGAGCUACAGAGCACUCACUCCAUUGCUCAGUAUGAUCUGCAGGCAAAGACAAAAACCCUUAGUGCAAUGAAGUCAGCUAACACUCAUCACAUUUUAAAGGAGAAAGCAGCGUCGGAUUCAAUAAAAUUAGCCGUGGAUGCAGAGCUGAAGGACCAGCGCCGGUUGCUGUCAGAACUUGUUGAACAGGUUCGUCAGCAAGGCUCAGAUCUCAAGAAAUUGUCGAGCACCUCACCAGAGGAAAUGGGAGUGGCUCUGGCAAACAUUUUGUCAAAGCACCAGACCAACAUUGACCGCCUAUCAGUAGCAGCACUGGGCUCUGGUCAGGUAUACUCCGGAGGAACCCCCUUUCAUGGGGAUCCAAACUAUUUAUAUGAUUAUACUGGAACACCAGUGACUCAGCAGACCCACAUUUCUAUUGCACGACAUACAGAGGCCAUGAGGGCCCUUGAAGAUGAGAUUUGGCAUAGAGCAGAGUCAAAGUACAAAACCUUGUUAUUCAAUGCAGAGUCGGACCUUCAAAGAAGACUCUCAGAAGCCAGGGACGAGUUCUAUCAAAAGGAGAUACAGCUCAAGAGACAAGUUCAAGAAGCUUUAUCCAAAGGGACUGAUAAGGUGCAGGAUGAGCUAAGCAAGCUUCGCGAAGAAUGUGCAAGUCUCAAGACGCUCUGCAGCCAUAAGGACCUAGAAAUGGACCGAUUGACCCAUAUGCUAAACGCUGCACAGGAAGAUAUCGCCCGUUUCCAAACAGCCAACAGAGAUUUACUUCAGUCUGCUGAAAGCUAUCGCAAUAGUCUGGAGUAUUAUGAAAACCUUAGUAAGCAAAGCAUUUCUGCAAGAGGAUUAAUCAAGCUGUGCCAUGAUGAAUUGAAGGAGAUCAAGCGCCGCGUUCUAGAUCUCAAAAAGACCCAGUUUUCUCCUUCAGACUGGCGAGAAGAGCAACGAGUUGGUGACGCUGAACUACUCUUCUCAGCCAUAGCUGGAGAUCUAAAGCUGACUUUCUCAGAUGGCGGUUUGGCCCAGGUCCUUACGCCCAUUGGAAACAUGAUAAAGACCAGUGUGGAGCACAUAAAACAGCAGACAAUCCGGAUUAAUGAUGAGAAGUGGAUGGCACAGAUCCACCAGAUGGAGCGCGACUACGGGGAUCAGAUUGCAUACAUUAUGAAUGACAACGAAAAGCUGAAACAAACAAUCAUUGCGCUGCGCGAGAGAAUGCAGGUCGAGAUGGUUAAGCUUUUGGGAGUAGAGCUCACAGACAUGCACGACAGAUGCGCUACUCAAUUGGAUAAUUUAAAAUAUGAAGCCGAAAGCAUGAAGACCGCACUCGAUGAAUUUCUCAAGAAUCGUCCUCAUCAGCUUGCUGAGGCACGUUUGAUGAGCUCCCCUAUCGCACCUGGCCCUGCCUCCAAGGGAACUCCACUGACUUACAAGACACAGGCCGUCACACCGGGUCUUCUCAUAGAUGCGACACUCCCCACAUUCGUGACUCCAGGAACUGUUCUGGAGCCAGCCACAGAGGGAAAUGGCGGGACGCGGUAG